CUUUUUAUUGUUAAAAUUUAAUUAUGACAAACAACGUUAUUGUCUUUCCAACAAACGACAUCUCCGGAUUGUAGGUCUAGUAUAGUUUACGACUAUAGAGACCCUCAAUUUAGAAAUUAAAUUUCGUAUUCGGUAAAGGAUGUCUCUUAACAACGUCACAAACAGAAAAAGAGGCGAUUCCAUUGCAGAUAUUCAGGAGAGUAGAAAUUUUCAAGACCAUACGAUUGUUAAGGGAAAGAUCGCUUGUCGCCAGCAUUUAAGUUUGGAGGAUAAAAUACACCGAACAGAUUUAGAUAGUAAAAUCAGAGAAUUUCAUGAAGUUAUUCGGCAUAAUAACGUGGAGCAAGUACGAAGAUCUCUUGAGGCAGGGAUAAAUGCCAAUGCGCAAGAUAUAGCAACGGGAAAAUUGCCGUUGAUCGAAGCAACCAAUUUGGGGCAUGUAGAAAUCGUCAAGGUUUUAUUAGCAGCUCAUGCAGACGUCAACCUUACCAAUAUUCAGGGUAUCACGGCUCUCCAUGUAUCUGUUAACCCAAAAGUUUUCAAUCAAGAAAUAGUACAGUUAUUUCUGGAACGAAGAAAUGCAAAUUACAACAUACAAGAUAAAAUGACUGAAAGCACACCCAUACAUAUUUUAUGUAAAGUUUGUACUUCUGGGAAGAAUAUCAACACAUUGACGUUGCAUAGUAUACUAAAAGAGAUGGUACCGAGAUGUGAUUUAGAAUUAAAAGAUAAAUUGGGAAAUACGCCUCUUCAUAUAAUCGCAAUGGGGAAAAAAGAAGAUUUGGAAGCCAUGGAAAUUGUUCUUUUAGCUAGACCUAAUAUUAAUAUAAAAAAUAAUUUAGGAGAAAUUCCUGUAGCUACCGCAAUAGAUCACGGAAAUUUUCUCUCGGCUCUGGCUAUGCUAAAAUACGAAAUAGAUACAAAUGUCAGAGAUCGAAGCCAAUAUACAUUGCUCCAUUACGCAGCCAAGAAAAAUGCCGGCGAAUUGAUAAAGAAAUUGUUAGAAAAGGGUUGCGAUCCGAAUGCUCAAGAUAUAAAUGGCGAUACUGCAUUGCAUAUUGCUGCUGGAAGAGGUUUUGUAGCAGCAACGUUCGUCUUGCUGAAGCAUCCGAAAAUAGACAGAAAUAUACAGAAUUUUGGGGGUUACACUCCUUUGAUGUGUGCGGUUGAUAGCGGUUUUCUCAAAAUAGUAAAACUGUUAAUAGCUGCUAAGUGUGAUAUACAUGUUAAGUCUCCAGAAACCAACAAAACAGUCUUGGAUAUCGCCAAAGAACUAUUUAAAAAAAGAAACAGGCGCGAUAUCUACGAUUUUCUAAUGCAUAUAAAAUAUUAAAAUUCCAAAUUGCAUUAUAUUUGGAAUUGUUAAUUUAUUUUAAAAAAAAUUAUAU